AUGUCGUUAGAAGAGUGCUGCGGAUCAACAGAGAUUGAAAAUAAGCAGAGCUCUGUGUCGCAAAACAUUGUACUAAUCGGAGGUGGAUUACAUGCAGGUGUUGUACUAGAUUUAAUUGAAGUAAUUAAUGCAAUUCAACCCAAAUAUGUAGUUGAUGGAUUUUACGAUGAUAAUCGGACACAUUCAAAGCUUAGCAUCCCAUAUCUUGGAACUAUUGAGCAAUUAGUCCAACAGUUUAUCGAUAAUUCUGCGGUAUUAAAGGCAUCGUUUGUUGUAUGUAUUGGAGAUAACAUUGCGCGGGAAUAUAUAGUUGAAAGGGUUUCGAAGAGCCUUCAUGAUGAAGAAAAAGCCGAAUGGGCCACGCUUAUUCAUCCAUUUUCUAGCAUUUCUCGAUCAGCUUUUGUCUUACAAGGCAGUGUUGUUUGUGCUGGUGCAGUCAUUGGACCUAACGCUAAGGUAGGCAUGCAUACAAUAAUUAAUACCCAUGCAUCUGUCGACCACGAUUGCAGCGUGGGAAAUUAUGUUCACAUCGCCCCUGGUGUGCAUUUAUGCGGUGGAGUGAGUAUUGGGGAUUUAACUUUGGUGGGUGUUGGCUGCCAAAUCAUACCUAAAAUCUGUAUCGGUAAAAAAUGUAUUAUAGGAGCUGGUACAACUGUUUUAGCAAAUGUGACUGAUAUGAAUAAAGCUGUCGGCAUUGUAAAACCUGCAAAAAAACGAGAUAUCGAGAUCGAUCAUGAGCGAUUGCUUUGGCUUCCUACAAAGCCAGCGAAUUUCCUUCGCAUUGAACAUCUAUUAACAGAAUCGAUUCAUCGAAACCACUUUGCUAAUUUCGGCCCUUGCGUUCAACAAUUGGAAAGUUUAUUACGAAAGAUAUUAGAAAUUAAUCCAGGCAAAGCUAUUAUCUUGACGUGCAACGGAACUGCUGCUUUACACGCUAUCGUCGGUGGUUUAGAAAUCUUCUACAGGAAGAAAUUGAAUUUUGCGACGCAAGCGUUUACUUUUCCAGUAUCAGUGCAAGGGUCCAUGGUUAAUUCAACAAUUGUGGAUGUGGAUAGUGAUGCUGGCUUGAAUCUUGAUCAGAUUCAGAUCGAAACUAUUGAUGGUAUUGUGGUUACGAAUGCCUUUGGACACAUUGUCGAUAUACAAAAAUACGUAGAAUGGGCUAGUCAUUUCGGGAAGUAUCUUAUUUUUGACAAUGCUGCUACCUCGUUCACAUUCUACCAAGGUAAGCGAAAACAUGUUGAUUUAUUUUGUGAAACACAAUUUGAAAGGAGUGUUGAAGUGUAUUGGGUAGAGGUUGGCAUCUUGUUUCCCUUCCACAGACUGUGAUAGACGCUAGCUAGAGACCAUUACAGACCAUGACAGAAGUUGUUGGUAUAAAAUCAUAUACUGCAUAUCAACAACGGCUCGUUACUAUAUACGGACUGCUUCCUAGUCAGACAAGCGUUGAAAAAAACGACGUUUUUACGCAUAAAAAUCGCCCAUUUUCUAGGCGGUAAAGCAUUUAUUUUUGGAAACAGAAUCAUUUUCCCGAUGUUGCUAUUAACAAGAUUACUUUAUUUUUCGAGCAAAAGUUACAUUUCAUGAAAUGUUAAAAUGUGCGCUUGUUACGCGUAAAAACGUCGGUUUUUUCAACGUUUGUCUGACUGGGUUGGCUCUGAUUCAUGCACAUUCAUGAUCCCGUAUAUUGGGUCGUAGAAUCGCAGAAUGUGCGAGUGUGGGUGUUGAUGAAGAGGAGACUCUAACUGGGCCUGUGGCAGCUCACAGUUCUAAGAACUGCUUCCUUAAUCCACAACUAGGCCUACUGCUCAGUUCUCAAUUAAGAAAGAACUGGUUAUAGUGAUCGGCUUUUUUCUAACGUAAGCUGCCGGAGGCGUAACAUACGAAUCAUUUUUUCCCUUAUUUUUAUAUAUGGUUUGAUAGUGCUU